AUGGUUCCAUGGCGACAAUCUGCUUCAUUAAUAUUACUUGCAAAUAGACAAGUGAAUAAUAGUCAUGGCAAAAGUUUGUUUGAUUAUUCAACAUUAUUAUUAAAACGUUCACCAAAAAUGCGUUUUGCACCAGAUAUUUCAGCUUUUCCUGGUGGUAAACUUGAUCCAUGUGAUCUAUCAAUGGAAUGGCCUAAAUAUCUUUCAUCUUCGAUAAAUAUUGAUCGAUUUUCUAAGAAAAACGCUGAUAUUUAUAAAGAUAUUGAUCAUCCUUAUCCUGGUCUUGUUUUUCGUCUUUGUGCUAUUCGAGAAACAUUUGAAGAGACUGGCCUUCUACUUGUUAAAUCACAUACAUCGUCAAAUUCACAUUAUUCUACAAUAUUAAAUCUACCAAAUAAUAUUAUUGAACAAUGGCGUGAUAAAAUACGUCAUGAUGCAUCACAAUUUAUAGUUAUGUGUAAAGAAAUACAAAUUGAACCUGAUGUUAAUUCAUUAUUUGAAUGGUGUCAAUAUUUAGCUGCUGCUGUAGCAAAAGUACGUUUUGAUACCAUAUUCUAUAUAGCAGCAUUAUCAAAUACACACUCAUAUUCAAUUGCUCAUGAUGAUCAUGAAACUGUUUCAGCUGAUUGGUUAGGACCUGAUAUUGCUAUGAAUGGAUAUCAUAAAAAUUCAAUAAAUUUUUUACCACCACAAGUAUAUGAAUUAUCUCGUCUAGCUAAUUUUCGAAAAUUAUCAAAUUUAAUUGAAUAUUUAUCAAAAUGUAAAAAUAAUUCUGAACAUCAAAUUAAACGAAUGUUAGGUGUUUGUUAUAAAAUUCCUGAAGCUAUGAUUAUAGUUAUGCCUGGUGAUGAAUAUUAUCCGUUAGAUGCAUCAUUUACAACACCUAUUCUAUCUUCAAAUAAAACAUUAAAAGAUUUUGAUAGUAAAAUACAAAAUCGCUUAGUUAUGAUGAAUAAAGGAGAUAAUCGAAAAUGGGAAAUUCAUUGUAAAGAUGGCAAUGAAAAUAGAGAAAAUCAACUUGACGUUAAACCACUUACGGAUGGAUGGGAGAAAUUAUAA